UAGGAGCUGGGCGCUCGAGUCCUCCUCCUCCUCCCCCCAUCUCCUCCUCCCCAUCCUUCUCCUCCUCCCCUUGCUGCCCAACCUCCGCCGCCGCCCGUCGGACUCCUCCUUCUGCUGCUCGCGGCGCAGAGCCUCCCUGACCAGGGCCGAGUACUCUUCGCCGGAGUCAGCUCUGCCGCGGCUUCCGGUGCCGUGGGGCGGCGGACUGGUUUUUGGUGCAGAUUCUUCUUAAUCCUUUGGUGAAAACUCUGAUACAGGAUGGCUGCAAAUAAGCCCAAGGGUCAGAAUUCUUUGGCCUUACACAAAGUCAUCAUGGUGGGCAGUGGCGGUGUUGGCAAGUCUGCUCUGACUCUACAGUUCAUGUAUGAUGAGUUUGUGGAGGACUAUGAGCCUACCAAAGCAGACAGCUAUCGGAAAAAAGUAGUGCUGGAUGGGGAGGAAGUGCAGAUCGAUAUCUUGGAUACAGCUGGGCAGGAGGACUACGCUGCAAUUAGAGACAACUACUUCCGGAGUGGGGAAGGUUUCCUCUGUGUGUUCUCUAUUACAGAAAUGGAAUCCUUUGCAGCCACAGCUGAUUUCAGGGAGCAGAUUUUAAGAGUAAAAGAAGAUGAGAAUGUUCCAUUUCUGCUGGUUGGUAACAAAUCAGAUUUAGAAGAUAAAAGGCAGGUUUCUGUGGAAGAGGCAAAAACCAGAGCCGAUCAGUGGAAUGUUAACUAUGUGGAAACAUCUGCUAAAACACGUGCUAAUGUUGACAAGGUAUUUUUUGAUUUAAUGAGGGAAAUUCGAGCCAGAAAGAUGGAAGAUAGCAAAGAAAAGAAUGGAAAAAAGAAAAGGAAAAGUUUAGCCAAGAGAAUCAGAGAAAGAUGCUGCAUUUUAUAAUCAAAGCCCAAACUCCUUUCUUAUCUUGACCAUACUAAUAAAUAUAAUUUAUAAGCAUUGCCAUCGAAGGCUUAAUUGACUGAAAUUACUUUAACAUUUGGGAAAUUGUUAUGUAUCACUAAAAGCAUGAAUUGGAACUGCACUGAAAGCAUAUUCACUUUAAAAAGAAAUUAAUGUGGCUUCACCAAGAAGCAAAGUUCAACGUAUUUCAUAAUUGCCUACAUUAUCACAGUCCUGAAUGUAAUGUAUGAGCUUGUGUUUUGAGGUCAGUCUUUAUUAAACUGUUAAAGGGGUGCUCUGGGGGUGGAGAAUGGGAGGAAAAGCUAUUUUAUAUCAUUUUAAAAUGUUGUGGUCUUCUACUGCCUUGAAAAUGACAAUUGUGAACAUGAUAGUUAAACUGUACCACUUUUUUAACCAUUAUUAUGCAAAAAUAGAAGAAAAGUAAUUGGCAUGAUUGUUGGAUAUAGUUAUGAGAGUAAUUUAUCUGUGAACCUGCAUUAACUUAGAAAAGUGGUGUAAACUUGCACAUGGAUAUUUUCGAAUAUGCCUUAAUUUAGAAACUAAAAAAUACCCAGUUACAUCAUUCUGGGUGGUUCUCAUUGGCACCAUGGGCCCAUUACCCCAUGUGUCCUGGUGAGAGACUACAUACCUAGUAAGGAGUACAACUUUUGUAUAGAAGAUUCUUGAGAAAUGACUGUCUGCUAGGGAUUCUGUCCAAAUUUAAAAUGUGUGCCAUACUCUGGUUCCUCAAAGUAAAGUUCCAGAGCUCCUGAUUGCUUCUAAUUAAAUAUACAGUUGUUUAAAAUGAAGGGCCAGCAUAUACUUGUAAGAUAAUUUUAGACUAUGAGGAUUCAACACCGUUAUAUUUAGUGAACCCUCUUUUUGUUUAAGAUGCUAGUUCCUGUAAAUCCCUUUCUGCAAGUGGUAAGCAUGUGUUAAGUUUUUUAUCUCUUUGGAGCAAUCACAUCAAUAGUGCUAAUGCAUUUUGCACUAGAACGCUUUGGGAAAAUAUUCAUGCUUGCCACCUGUUCUUUUUUUU